CGUGCCGGCUGGGGUAUAUAAGAUUUGGGCGGACCGGGUAGAAUUCAGUUUGAACGCGUUACUCGACGAGCCGUGUCCAAGGAUUCUCAUUCUCAGUUGCCAUAUACUGCAAAUACUUCUUCGAAGAUGUCCUACAAGGUUGAACCACUACCCGAUUCCUACGCCGGCCUGGGCGAGGGUCCCCACUGGGAUGUGGCCAGGCAGAGCCUGUACUACGUCGACCUGGAGGCCGGCAGCCUGCUGCGCUACGACUUUGCCCAGAACAAGGUCUACAAGACGAAGAUCGAGGGCGAGACCCUGGCCGGAUUCGUGCUGCCGGUGGAGGGACGUCCCAACGAGUUCGCCGUGGGCUGUGGCCGCCGCGUGGUGAUCGUCAACUGGGACGGAGUGUCCCCCACCGCCAAGGUGGUGAGCACCCUGUUCGAGGUGCAGCCGCUGAUGGACAAGAACCGUCUGAACGACGCCAAGGUGGAUCCUCGUGGUCGCUUCUUUGGCGGCACCAUGCGCUACAUUGGCGACGAAUUCGAGUUCCGCCACGGAGAGCUGUACCGCUGGGAGGCCGGCGGCCAGGUUUCGGUGAUCAAGGGCGAUGUGGGCAUCUCCAACGGCCUCGCCUGGGACGAGAAGGCCAAGAAGUUCUACUACAUCGACACCACCGACUACGAGGUGAAGUCCUACGACUACGACUUCAACACCGGCGUGGCCACCAAUCCCAAGGUGAUCUUCAACCUGCGCAAGAACAGCCCCAAGGAUCAUCUGCUGCCCGAUGGUCUGACCAUCGACACCGAGGGCAACCUGUAUGUGGCCACCUUCAACGGAGCCACCAUCUUCAAGAUUAACCCCAACACUGGCAAGGUCCUUCUGGAGAUCAAGUUCCCCACCAAGCAGAUCACUUCCGCCGCCUUCGGUGGCCCCAACUUGGACAUCCUGUUCGUGACCACCGCCGCCAAGUUCGAUCAGCCUGCUCCUGCUGGCACCACCUACAAGGUGACUGGCCUGAAUGCCACCGGUUACCCCGGCGUCAACCUGAAGGUCUAGGAGCUGCAAUCUCUAUCCUCAGCACGCAAUAUAAUGUACCAAUCGAAUCCAAGUGCAAUUAUAUGUUAUACUCUUUAAAGUUGUAACUCUCA